ACCGAAAAAAUGGCACGCGGUGAAGGCAAAGGUGAAAGUGUGGCCAGAUUGUCGAACCAAAUCGCCUGCAUCAAGUACACGCUGUUCUGCUUCAACAUAGUAGCAUGGAUCGUUGGUGCAGGACUCUUUGCAUUUACCAUCUUUAUUCGAGCUGAGCCUGGGUUCGACGAGUGGAUCGCCAUAUUGGAGGUGUAUGAGUACUACAUCGGAGUUUACAUUUUGAUUGCUGCUGGAGCAUUGGUUAUGAUAUUCUCAUUCCUUGGCUGCUGUUCAGCACUGAUGGAACAUUCAUCUGCACUGUAUCUGUUCAUUGGAACGCAAGUGUUCCUGUUCCUGCUUACCGUCAUCGGAUCAGCCAUCCUGCUCGAUUAUUCGACGAUGAACUCAAGCAUUCAGCCGCUAAUUCGUCAGACGAUGCUACGCUUUAUCGUCACUUCCGAACAUCCGCACUCCUCAGCCGCUCUGAAACUGAUCCAAGAAAGUAUUGGGUGCUGUGGUGCGGACGGACCGAACGACUACAUGGUGAUGCGUCAACCGUUGCCGCUCGAGUGUCGCGAUACCGUAACCGGUAAUGCAUUCUUCAACGGGUGCGUCAACGAGCUGACAUGGUUCCUGGAGGACAAAUCCAUCUGGGCCGCCAUCAUGGCAAUGAUACUGGCUGCCGUUCAUACAUGCAAUGCCGUCCUCGGCAUUGUGCUCGUCCAGGCUCUUCGUCGUGAGGAAGAAGCCAUGAACCGGCGUUAAGCAGAACAGC